GCUGUUGCUUCGCCCCUACUUUGUCUUCCUGUCGGCACCGUCGCUGGGCUAUAUUUUUUUCUUUCAUUUCCACAGAUGAGGGCCUCCGCUUCUGGGCGGGGCUCGUCAUUGUGUCUGAGGUUCGCCCGCCUUUCCACUACGCCCCCCUCUGCCCCUCCCUCCGUCACUUACAUCACCUUGGUGUCUGGAAUCCAGAAUCUCCCUACCUUUGCCCACAUCCUGGGAGUUUUCGGAGCGACUGUGCCUGUGUCGGGGCGUCUCCUCCGUGGUGGUGGCUGGUGAGGCCAACGGGAAUGAGAAGACUGACUUUGGCCUUUAAGUUUUUCCUUUUCUCCUUUAUUCCUCUGCACCUACCAGACAUGGAGUGGUAUGAGCAGUCGGAGGAAACCCACACUCCCCAGAUAGAACUGCUUGAGGCUCCCUCCGCCCAAGAACCUCCCAAACCCUCGGAGCCCUUUCGCCCCAGAGACUGCUUGGUGCCAGUGGUGUUUCCAGGGCCUGUGAGCCAAGAAGGCUGCUGUCGCUUCACUUGUGAACUUCUGAAGCAUAUCAUGUACCAGCGCCAGCAACUCCCUCUACCCUAUGAACAACUUAAGCACUUCUACCGAAAACCUACUCCCCAGGCAGAGGAUGUGGUGAAGAAGAAAUCUCGGGCCACUGCUGAGGCGAGUAGCAGGAAAUGCCAACAAGCCCUGACAGAACUGGAGAGUGUCCUCAGCCACCUAGAGGGUCUUUUUGCCCGAACUCUAGUACCAAGAGUGCUGAUUCUCCUUGGGGGAAAUGCCCUAAGCCCCAAGGAGUUCUAUGAGCUUGACUUGUCCCGCUUGGCCCCCGAUAGCAUGGACCAGAGCCUGAGCACAGCAGCUUGUUUGCGCCGUCUCUUCCGAGCCAUUUUCAUGGCUGAUGCCUUCAGUGAGCUGCAGGCUCCUCCGCUCAUGGGCACCAUUGUCAUGGCACAAGGGCACCGCGACUGUGGAGAGGAUUGGUUUCGACCUAAGCUCAACUACCGAGUGCCCAGCCGGGGCCACAAACUGACUGUAACCUUGUCCUGUGGCAGUCCUGCCAUGCCAACCACUGCCUGGGAGGAUUACGUUUGGUUCCAGGCACCGUUGACACUGAAAGGCUUCCAUGAGUGAAUGGGGAUGCUUCUUAAUCGUAAUUCUGAAGUUGAGAAGGGACACGACUGGAGUGAAAUAAUACAGCCUGAACUGCAUGGAAUGGAGCCUUUUGCCCCCCGC